GACGUUAAUUUAAGUUCAAUUUCGGUUUUCUAGGAUAAAUCUCGAAUAAUUAUUUAUUCAUUGGAUUUCUUGUAAUUGCUCUCUUUCUUAGAGUGCUUAAAGGAAAAGAUAGACAGCUAACAAUCGAGUGCCUCAUUUAAAAUCAUUAAAACCUUGAAAUGGAAGCAUUUCACAAGCUUCAACCAGAAAGAAAGAACGACGCCGAUAGUUCGCAAGAACAAAUCGAGUUAAACUCGAGCGUCGAGAUGCGUUCGCCUUCUCCAAUUUGUAAUAUUCAGCCAAGAAGGUUACGUUUUGCAUCACCACACCUUGAUGAAGAAUUGCAAAAAAAGUCCGACCCAAUUCAGACGCGUUCAUCUGCAUCGGAAUCAGGUACCUUAUCUGUUUCGCCGCCGUAUCGUAAAGUUCGAGCGCUGAGACUCUUUGACACCCCCGCCACACCGAAAACAAUUUUGCAAAAAUCAAGAAAUCAUCUGUCUACAGCAGUGGCGGCAGACGUUGCAAGCAAAGGCGAAAUAGUGGAACGACCAAGAUCACUCCCGUUGCACAAUCGAAUUUUAGAUAACUUUCAACCACAAAGAGCGAACGUUAAUCCUUUUACUCCAGAUAAUUUUUUGGCGCGGACAAAAAAACGUUGCCGAACCCAAUUCGGAAGAGAUAAUUUAAGCAAUCAGUCUUUGCAAAUAUUCUUAAACAGCGAAGAAGAUAAAACGGAUAAUGAAGGUGAUGGUAAUUCCGAAGUUCUCCAAGCACCCAAAAGAUUAGCUUUACAAGAUACUAACAUCAGUCGUUAUCAAAAAGAAUUCUUAGAAAUUUCCCUAAUCGGCAUAGGAGAAUUUGGAUUAGUUUAUCAAUGUCUUAACCGUUUGGAUGGUUGUAUAUAUGCCAUUAAGAAAAGCAUAAAGCCAGUGGCAGGCAGUUUCUUUGAAAAACGAGCUCUGAAUGAAGUAUGGGCACAUGCGGUGCUAGGUAAACAUGACAAUGUUGUACGCUACUACUCUGCAUGGGCGGAAGAUAAUCAUAUGCUUAUACAAAAUGAAUAUUGUAAUGGUGGCAGCUUACAAUCGCUUAUACAAAAACGUUUUUUAGUUGAGUCUGAGUUAAAAAUUUUGUUACUUCAUGUGGCAGAAGGUCUACGCUACAUACAUUCAAAUGAUUUGGUGCAUAUGGAUUUAAAAUCUGGUAAUAUUUUCCUGACCAAAAUGCCCUCAUUGCAUAAAUCCAGUUCAUCACCGCUCACAAAGGACUACUAUGAAGACGGAAUGGAUGGUAUAUAUGAGGAGCUCAGCAAUACGGAAUGUAUCACAACAUACAAAAUCGGUGAUCUUGGACAUGUCACAUCGGUAAAAGAGCCACAUGUUGAAGAAGGCGAUUGUCGUUAUCUGCCCUACGAAAUUCUACAGGAAGAUUUUAGUAAUCUGUUUAAAGCAGAUAUAUUUUCACUUGGUAUGACGCUGUUUGAAGCAGCUGGCGGAGGUCCUUUGCCUAAAAAUGGACCAGAGUGGCAGAAACUACGAAACGGCGAGGUGCCAAAUUUAGCGAGUUUAAGUCCAGAAUUCAAUGAACUCAUCAAACUCAUGACACAUCCGAAUCCGGAAAAGCGGCCUUCAUCUACAUCUAUUUUUAAUCAUCCUAUACUGAGUUCAUUGGAAUCAAAGAGUAAAUCUCAACUCAACCAAGAGUUGACCAUUGAAAAAAGAAAAAAUGAAAUAUUGCUGCGAAAAUUACGCGAAGCGAAAAAACUACUCAAACAAUAUGAACAAAAUGAUAAAGUUAAUCGAACGCCAACUGUUUCCAUGGAACAGCGUUGCUUACGCUCAUACUCCCGCAAAAAACGUACGCCAUGCCUCAGUUCUAAAUUGGAUGGACUGCAUGAUCGCAACAAAAAUGUUAUUAACAAAUUAAAUUAUUAAAUUCAGUGAACGCUACCAAUAUUUGAAGUUUUACAAAUGAAUUUUACCCAUUGUCC